AUGGACUGGUCCCAGAGACAGCAAAUGUCCAACAGCAGCUUCCCCAAAGAGUUCCUCCUCCUGACAUUUGCAGACACCGAGCUGCAGCUCCUGCACUUCGGGCUCUUCCUGGGCAUCUACUUGGUUGCCCUCCUGGGCAACGGCCUCAUCCUCACUGCCGUAACCUGCGACUACCACCUCCACAAACCCAUGUACUUCUUCCUCCUCAACCUCGCCCUCCUUGGCCUGGGCUCCAUCUCCACCACUGUCCCCAAAGCCAUGGCCAACUCCCUGUCGGACACCAGGGCCAUUUCCUAUGCAGGUUGUGCUACCCAGGUCUUUUUCUUUCCUGUGUUUGGAGCAGCAGAGUUUUAUCUUCUCACCAUCAUGGCCUAUGACCGCUACAUUGCCAUCUGCAAACCCCUGCACUAUGGGACAAUAAUGAACAGCAGAACUUGUGUCAAAAUGGCA